GGCUUCCCACUCAAAGGACUCAUUGUAGGGAGGGAUGAUAGUGUGUGCAGCCGCGGUGUGUGUGCUGUUAGUGUGUGUUAGUGUGUGUGUUUGGACCCCCUCCUCCUCCUCCUCCUUUAACUAGCUGGUCAGCAGCUAGCGGAGGGAUUAGUGAAGCCUGCUCCACUCACAGUAUACCCACAGGCGGACGAGGGGAGAUUGCGGUGCGGGUGAAUCAUGCUCGUCGUCAUUACUACCGACUGGGAGUGGAGCCGAAAUUGUGCAAGAUACGGAUAACAGCGCAGGAAAAGGUCCGUGUGGAUACAGACAAGUUUUCAGCUCUUUCUCCUGCCAUGAAAAUGCCUCACAAGGGGCUCCACUCCUGCUGCUCCGCUCGGACCCGUCGCAUUAUCAACCUUCCUCCCUCACAUGUGCUCAAUGUUGAAGUAACCACAAGAAGAAACCUCUAAGGAGAGAAGCAAAAAAAAAAAAACAACCAAAGAACGCAAGGAUAUAUUUCCUCUUUUACGCCGUUUUCCACAAGUGGAAGAAGAAGAAGAGGGAUAAGAAGAAAAAAGAGGGAGAAAAAAGUUGUACUUGUUGGUGAAAGAGGAAAACAUGGGGAACGCAGGGAGUAUGGACCAGCACCCUGAUUUCAGAGGACACAACAUGCCUCUGAAGCUGCCAAUGCCCGAACCAGGUGAACUGGAGGAGAGAUUUGCAACCGUUUUGAGCUCAAUGAAUCUUCCUCCAGACAAAGCGCGGCUGUUGCGGCAGUACGACAACGAGAAGAAGUGGGAGCUCAUAUGUGAUCAGGAGCGUUUCCAAGUGAAAAACCCGCCUCACACGUACCUCCAAAAGCUGAGGAGUUAUCUGGACCCCGCAGUCACGAGAAAGAAAUUCAGACGAAGAGUUCAGGAGUCCACCCAAGUCCUGAGAGAACUGGAAAUUUCGUUACGGACCAAUCACAUUGGGUGGGUGAGAGAAUUCUUAAAUGAAGACAACAAAGGCCUGGACGUGCUGGUGGAGUAUCUUUCUUUUGCACAGUAUGCCGUCACGUUUGAUGAAGACCUUUUGGAGAACAAUCCUGAGGCUGCGAUGGACAAGUCUAAGCCCUGGAGCCGCUCUAUAGAAGACCUACAUGGAGGAGGCACUCUGCCCUCUCCCAUCACCGGGAAUGGCAUGACUCGUGCUGGGAGACAUUCUACAUUACGUUGCAACACUUUGCCAAGCCGGAGAACCCUGAAGAACUCCAGACUGGUCUGCAAGAAAGAUGACGUCCACGUCUGCAUUAUGUGCCUGCGUGCGAUCAUGAACUACCAGUAUGGCUUCAACAUGGUCAUGUCACACCCACAUGCUGUGAAUGAAAUUGCACUAAGUCUCAACAACAAAAACCCGAGAACGAAAGCUCUGGUCCUGGAGCUCCUGGCGGCAGUUUGUCUCGUGAGAGGAGGCCAUGAGAUUAUUCUCUCUGCGUUCGACAACUUUAAAGAGGUGUGUGUGGAGAUGCAGCGGUUUGAGAGGCUAAUGGAGUAUUUCAAGAACGAGGACAACAACAUUGAUUUUCAGGUUGCUUGUAUGCAGUUCAUCAACAUAGUCGUGCACUCGGUCGAGGACAUGAACUUCAGGGUUCAUCUACAGUUCGACUUCACCAAGCUGCAUCUGGAUGACUACUUAGACAAACUAAAGCACACAGAGAGCGAUAAGCUGCAGGUUCAGAUCCAGGCCUAUUUGGACAAUGUGUUUGACGUGGGCGCACUUCUCGAGGAUGCAGAGACCAAAAACGCCGCUCUGGAGCGCGUGGAGGAGCUGGAGGAGAAUAUGUCACAUAUGACGGAGAAGCUGCAGGACACGGAGAACGAGGCCAUGUCAAAGAUUGUGGAGCUGGAGAAGCAGCUGAUGCAAAGGAACAAGGACCUUGAAUCCAUCAGGGAAGUCUACAAAGACACCAGCUCGCAGGUGCACUCACUGCGGCUGAUGUUGAAGGAGAAAGACGAGGCCAUCCAGCGACAGAGCAACCUGGAGAAGAAGAUCCACGAGCUUGAGAGACAAGGCACCAUCAAGAUCCACAAGAAGGGAGACGGAGACAUCUCCAUCCUGCCCUCGCCACUGCCCAGUGUGGAGGGCUCAGGGGGCACUGUGAUUGGAGGAAUCAGUGCAGCCUUUGGUCCAAAUCAUGUGGGAGGUAUAGCGGGGACCGCUGCUCCCCCACCACCUCCUCCCCCACCUCCACCACUGCCUCCACAUUCUAUCUCUCCACUCACAGUGUUAAAUGGACCAUCUUUGGCCAUUCCUGGCAGCAGCUCCCCACCGCCACCCCCUCCUCCCCCACCGCCUCCUCCUCCCCCAGGGCCAGAUAUCUCAGCACAUAUGCCUCCCCCGCCUCCUCCUAUGGCCCCCCCACUGCCAGGCUGUGGAACGCCGACUGUCAUCAUGAACUCUGGGUUGGCAGCUGUUAAGAUCAAGAAACCCAUCAAGACAAAGUUCAGAUUGCCCGUCUUUAACUGGGUGGCCCUGAAACCAAACCAGAUCAACGGGACUGUCUUCAAUGAGAUCGAUGAUGAGAGGAUACUGGAGGACCUAAACGUGGAUGAGUUUGAGGAGAUGUUUAAGACCAAAGCUCAGGGUCCUGCAAUCGACCUCAACAUGGGCAAGCAGAAGGUCAUUCAGAAGGGUCCCAACAAGGUGACGCUACUGGACUCCAACCGAGCGAAGAACCUGGCCAUCACACUGAGGAAAGUGGGAAAAACUCCUGAGGAGAUCUGCAGGGCCAUUCAGAUAUUUGAUCUGCGCACUCUGCCUGUGGACUUUGUGGAGUGUCUGAUGCGUUUCCAGCCCACGGAGAACGAGAUUAAAGUCCUGCGGCAGUUCGAGAAGGAGCGCAAGCCUCUGGAGAGCCUGACGGACGAGGACCGCUUCAUGAUGCAGUUCAGUAAAAUCGAGCGGCUGAUGCAGAAGAUGACCAUCAUGGCCUUCAUCGGGAACUUCUAUGAGAGCGUGCAGAUGUUGACACCGCAACUUCAUGCAGUGAUCGCAGCAUCUGUGUCCAUCAAAUCAUCACAGAAACUAAAGAAAAUCUUAGAGAUCAUCUUGGCACUUGGAAACUACAUGAACAGCAGCAAAAGGGGAGCAGUGUAUGGAUUCAAACUGCAGAGUUUAGACCUGCUUCUUGAUACCAAGUCAACAGACCGAAAGCUGACGUUGUUACACUACAUAGCCAACGUAGUGAAGGAGAAAUACGCCCAAGUCGCUCUCUUUUACAACGAGCUGCACUACGUGGAGAAAGCUGCUGCAGUGUCGUUGGAGAACGUCCUGCUGGAUGUGAGGGAGCUGAACAGAGGCAUGGAGCUGACGAGGAGAGAGUACAGCAUGCAUGGCCACAACACCAUGCUCAAAGAGUUCAUCGCACACAAUGAGAGCAAGCUGAAGAAGCUGCAGGAUGAUGCCAAGAUCGCACAGGACGCCUUUGAUGAGGCGGUGAAGUUCUUCGGGGAGAACGCCAAAACGACUCCGCCCUCUGUCUUCUUCCCUGUGUUUGUAAGAUUUGUGAAGGCUUACAGGCAAGCGGAAGAGGACAACGAGCAGAGAAAGAGACAGGAGCAGAUCCUGAUGGAGAAACUUCUAGAACAAGAGGCCUUGAUGGAGGAAGACCAGAAGUCUCCGUCUCAUAAGAACAAGCGGCAGCAGCAAGAGCUGAUCCAGGAGCUCAGGAAGAAACAGGUGAAAGACAGCCGGCAUGUCUACGAAGGCAAAGAUGGAGCCAUUGAGGACAUCAUCACGGUGCUGAAGACCGUGCCGUUUACCGCCCGCACAGCCAAGCGCGGCUCUCGGUUCUUCUGCGAGCCCGCCCUCAAUGACGAGUACCAUUACUAAGCUUGUAGAACUGUCUCUCUGCUCUCAGAUCUGAGGAAUCAGCCUUACAGGCGAGCCGACGCUGUGCGUAGGAGUGUCAGGAGACGCUUUGAUGAUCAGAACCUGCGGCCGGGGA